AUGGCGCUAAUAAAUGCUUAUCGAAGACGCAUAAAGCGAGUAAAUUCGCAGCCAUUAAACGGGCAUAAAACUAACCGAAGCCGGGACCGAAGCGAAAUUGUGGGGCCGACAAAUCAAAGUACAAGCCUCAGGACCAACUCAUACCUCAUACUCCUAUUUCCCUGCCAUGAAAUAAAACCAGGCAACAAUGAAACCCAAAGCGUCUCCCAAGCGAUUUCGAUGCGGGCAUUCAUCGGUCGAGCCAAGGAAUUGGCCACCCACAAGCCAACUCCCAACACCCAACACCCACAACCCAAACCCCCAGUGAACCUUCCUCCUCCACCCUCCACCCUCCUCGGCACCUCCAGAGCACCCCAUUUAAAGGGCCUUCCUGCGAGGCAACACUCGCUAUAUAACCAUCUUACCCAACGUUGA